AAAGUAGAAAAUCUACGCUGGUGUUUGGAGUAGAUAUUGACCAUGUAGAAAGUCUAACGAAAAUGUUUCAAGAACAUGGGAUUAAUGCUUAUAGUAUAACCAGCAAAACGAAAACACAUAAACGCGCAGAUAUUCUGAACAAUUUUAAAGCCAAGUUGUUCCCAGUUUUAGUUAACUGCGGUAUUUUGACCGAAGGCAUGGAUGUUCCUACCAUUGAUUGUGUUAUAAUGAGCAGACCAACGAAAUCACAUGUUCUUUUCCAACAAAUGAUUGGGCGUGGAAUGCGUAUCGCAGAAGACAAAGAGGAUUGUUUAGUCUUGGAUUUCAUUGAUUCCUAUUAUAAAAUUCCGGAGCUAGUUACCGCGCCGACAUUGUUUGGGCUGGAUCCUACUGUAGAGUUGAAUGAUUACACUCCCUCAAUCAAAGAGAAUAAGGGUUUGGAAUCUAAAGAAAAGAUCAAAAUGGAACAACAGCUUCUAUCAGAUGUAGCCGACAUAACAAAGAUCAAAAUUACAGAAUAUAGUAAUCCAUUUGAAAUUAUUGAGGAUUGUUCUGGUGCUACAUUCGUAGGUGCCAUUUCUAAAUUCGCGUGGCUUAGAGUUAGUCAUGAUAUAUACGUGCUAUCUUUGUACGAAAUUGGCACAUUAAGAGUAGAAAAAGAUAAUCAAGGCAUGCGAUUUAGGAUUUAUCGUGUUAAGUUGCGUAAGAAGCAAGACAGAUUUAUAAAUAAUGUUCGUGUGUGUUUUAAUGUUUUAGAAGAUCUGCCCAUACGUAGCGAUUCAUUGGAAUCUGUUAUACAUGCAUGUGACCAAUGGGUCAUUCGGGUUUCAAAUAAAAGUGGCAGACAUAUUCGUGGCAUUGCAUUGCGUUAUGCUAAGUGGCGUCAGAAACCUAUAACAAAACAACAGAUACAAUGGCUAAAACAAAAGAAGAUACCAUUAAGUGAAGAUACAAUUAAGUCUAUUAACAGAGGCCAAGCAACAAAUUUAAUGGCACGAAUGCUUGAAGGUGCACAGAAAAACUGGGACUUUAUCUUGAAUGAAAAAGCUGUUAAAGAAAAGAUUUUCCGGAAAAAAGAAUCACAAAAG